AUGUCGAGCCCGCGCAGGAGCAGUCUCCUCAAGUUUCACAGACCACAAAUACACCUCGAUGAUGCCCCCAUCCCGACUCUCAAACCUGAUUCUCGACAGUGUUUACAGAACCUACUGCAGUACCGCACCCCGCAUUCACAUGUCGCGUAUCCCAAGUCUCGGUGCGCGGCAGUUCUCGUCGCACUGUUCGUAGGCAGGAUGGGUGAUCUGUAUGUGCUGCUCAGUCGUCGAGCCCCCACGCUACGGACCUAUGCCGGUGACACUUCACUCCCAGGAGGAAAGUGGGAGCCUCAGGAUCGCAACAUGGAAUGGACAGCGCGACGCGAGGCAUUUGAGGAGAUAGGCUUGCCAAUAGACCGUAGGAAGGUCCCCCUACUGUGCAUCGUCGAGCCGUUCCUCGCGGGCAACGCGCUCAUUGUCUUCCCCGUUGUCGUCCUCGUAGUCGACCAUACCAUCCGCCCAAUCCUGAACGCACCAGAAGUGGCCUCCCUCUUCUCUCACCCACUCGCAUCGCUCCUCACGUCCGAGCCGCCCUUUCCCCUUGAGCACGAGAUGCUCGAGCUGGAGUACCACACUUACGUCGAUGUGUCAAUCCCGUGGCCAUACAACGACCCCAUGGGUUCCGGAACGGCAUUUGUGCGCAUGCACCGCUUUUUGACUGGUCGCGAGGCUGGCGGGACGAAGCCUAUAUUUGGACUCACAGCGUCAAUCUUGAUCCGCGUUGCGGCCAUCGGCUAUGGGCGUGGACCCGACUUUUCGUUGUGUGCGCCUGGACAGCCUUCGAUGGAAGAGCGCAUUGUGCACGCCCUGAGGAAUGACUCUGUGCUUCGCGAGGCAGCGCGACGGGAGGGCAUUGAUCCCGAUGGAGAGCCAGAUGCAGGCAAGCGCGCGGCGGUAAUUGAGAGACAGCGAAGGAAGCGGAUGAAGAACAAGCUGUAG